AUGGGCAAGAUUGUCUUCUACGAGGAGAGGAACUUCCAGGGUCGCUCCUAUGAGUGCAUGAGCGACUGCUCUGACAUGUCCUCUUACCUGAGCAGGUGCCAGUCCUGCAGGGUGGAGAGUGGCUGCUUCAUGGUCUAUGAGCGUCCCAACUACAUGGGUAUGCAGUUCUUCAUGAGGAGGGGCGAGUACCAUGACAUGCAGCGCAUGAUGAGCAUGGGAAUGAUGUUCGACUCCAUCAGAUCCUGCAGAAUGAUCCCUUAUCACAGAGGUCAGUUCAGGAUGAGGAUCUACGAGAGGGAGAACUUCGGUGGUCAGAUGAAUGAGCUGAUGGACGACUGCGACAACAUCAUGGACCGUUACCGUAUGAACGACUGCAUGUCCUGCCACGUGAUGGACGGCCACUGGCUAAUGUACGAGCAGCCCCAAUACAGAGGCAGGAUGAUGUACCUGAGGCCCGGGGAGUACAGGAGCUUCAGGGACAUGGGCAUGAGCGGCAUGAGGUGGAUGAGCAUGAGGCGUAUCACUGAUAUGUGCUAG